CGAUCUCUCAAAAUGGCCGACACCACCAUUCUCAAAGCAGCAAUCCUCGUUGUUUCGGAUACUGCAUCUCAAGACCCUUCUACUGACAAAGUCGGUGGCGCUCUUACGAACGUCUUCUCAACGGACGGCCUGAACACCUGGGACCAGCCCGUUAUCAAGAUCGUCCCUGAUAGUGUGCUAGACAUCCAACGCGCGAUCUGUGACUGGACCGACGGGCCUAACUGGGUCAAUCUCAUCUGUGUCAGUGGUGGGACGGGUUUUGCGUCUAAAGAUAUUACACCUGAGGCGGUCUCUCCUCUCAUCCAUCGCCAUGCCUCUGGUCUUGUACACGGCAUGCUCGCCGCAUCCCUGAAGGUUACCCCGUUCGCCAUAAUGUCGAGGCCUGUCGCAGGCGUGCGCGAUAAAACCUUGAUCGUCACUCUGCCCGGCUCCCCCAAAGGCGCGAAAGAAAACCUCGAAGCAACCAUUAAGCUUCUUCCCCACGCAUGCAGCCAAGCGGCCGGUGCGAAUUCCAGAGCCCUUCACGCAGGCGGUGUCAAGAAGCUCGAGGCCGAUGCAGGAGUAUCCUCUGCCUCGCCUCAGCCGACCAGCCAUGAUCAUCACCAUCACCACCAUCACCACGACCACGGCGGUCAUUCCCACGGCCACGGUCAUGGACACGCUAUACCCAGAGCACACACGACUCCCUCCGAGCGGCCACAGUCGAAUGACCCGAAUGCAGGACCCAACCGCCGCUAUCGAUCAUCGCCAUACCCUAUGCUCUCCGUGGACGAAGCCCUUCAACUCAUCAGCGAGCACACGCCCGAACCUACCGUUUUCGAGGUCCCCGUCACAACAGCUCUAGUCGGGUCCGUUAUCGCCGAAGAUGUCUACGCCGCGGAGGCGGUCCCAGCAUACCGUGCCAGUAUCGUCGACGGAUACGCGGUGAUCGCCUCCGAGACGCCAGACUCCAGCCCUAACACCAAAGGCAUCUUCCCUGUGGCGUCGAUCACCCACGCCAACGAGGGCGGCACACUCACCCCGCUGGAGCCCGGGACCAUCGCGCGCAUCACGACCGGCGCCCCGCUGCCCCCCAACGCCAACGCCGUCGUCAUGGUCGAAGACACCGUGCUAGCGACCUCAACCCCAGACGGACAAGAAGAAGCCACAGUCGAGAUCCUAACCUCGGAGAUCCGACCGGGCGAGAACGUUCGCGAACCGGGCAGCGACGUCGCGCUGGGGUCCCUCAUCCUUCGGCAAGGCGACCUCAUCACAUCCGUCGGCGGCGAGAUCGGCCUCCUAGCGGCAACAGGCACGCCUACAGUGAAGAUCUACCAGAAGCCCUGCGUCGGUGUGCUCAGCACAGGCGACGAGCUAGUUGAACACAACGACGCGCGCAAGCUCACGGGCGGGCAGAUCCGGGACUCGAACCGGCCGUCGCUCCUAUCCUGCCUCUCCUCCUGGGGAUUUCCGACCGUCGACCUGGGCAUCGCGCGCGACACGCCAGCAAGCGAACUCGAACAACGCCUCCGCGACGCUCUCCGGGGCGUCGGCACCGCCACCCCACACGGGGUCGACGUGAUCAUCACUACCGGCGGCGUCUCGAUGGGUGAGCUGGACCUGCUCAAGCCGACCAUCGAGCGCUCCCUCGGCGGCACGAUCCACUUCGGCCGCGUCUCGAUGAAACCAGGCAAACCGACCACCUUCGCCACCGUGCCGUUCAAGCCGUCAGCGGCCACCGCCGCCCAGGACGUCCAGCAGGAACGCACCAACAAACUCAUCUUCGCCCUCCCCGGUAACCCCGCUUCGGCCCUGGUCACGCUCAACCUGUUCGUUCUCCCGUCGCUGCACAAACUGAUGGGCAUGGGCCAUAGAAGACAAGGAGGCGCGGCCGCGGGCGCCGGAUCUGUGCCGCUGGGCCUGCCCCUCGUGUCGGUGGCGCUGGCGCACGCGUUCCCCGCUGACCCCAAGCGCACGGAGUAUCACCGGGCGGUCGUGACGGCAUCUCGGGCGGAUGGGAGGCUGUAUGCGACCAGCACGGGAGUGGAUGGCGUGGGCCAACGCAGUUCGAGAGUGGGCAGUCUUGCCAGCGCGAAUGCGUUAGUGGUCAUCAGGCCGGGCAGUGGGAAGGUGGAGAAGGGAGCUUUGGUGGAGGCGCUGAUGUUGGGGGGCGUUGUUGCGGAUGUUUAAUCCUUUCUGACAAACAGG